AUGUCUUCUUCCCGGAUAGAGGAGCUUCCCGACGAUGAUGUCACCCCCAAGACCACCGUCGAAGAUGCCGCUGAUAGCUCAGAGUCCGAAGCUGAGGGUGCUGAGGAGCCCAGCAUCCCAGGUGGAAGCGCUGUUACUGUCCACUCCCGCAACGAGAAGAAGGCCCGGAAAGCCAUUGGCAAGCUGGGACUGAAGCAUGUCCCCGGCAUCACUCGCGUUACUCUCCGCCGACCGAAGGGUAUCCUUUUUGUCAUCAACCAACCAGACGUCUACCGAUCCCCGUCCAGUAACACCUGGAUAAUCUUCGGCGAGGCUAAGAUCGAGGAUAUGAACUCCCAGGCCCAGGCCUCUGCCGCUCAGCAACUCGCUGCCGCUGAAGCUGUUGGCAACGAUCACGCCGGCCAUGACCACGCGCACGAUCACGACCACGUCAAGGGUAAGACUGACGAGGCUGUCGAGAAGAAGGACGAUGAGGAGGAUGACGGAGAGGAGGUCGAUGAGAGCGGACUGGAGGCCAAGGAUAUUGAGCUGGUUAUGGCCCAGGCAUCUGUAUCACGAAAGAAGGCUAUCAGGGCUCUUAAGGAGAACGAUAACGACAUUGUCAAUUCUAUCAUGGCACUGAGCGUAUAA